AACAAAUAAAACCAGAAAAAGCAUAAUAUGGGACCUUUAAAUAAAAUUUACAUGCAAGACAAAAAAUCUCAUUUUCCAGUUUCAGAUGAUUACACAGACUUCGCUUCCCGAGCUGAUGCGAUCAUGGAUUUUGAUUUUCCUGUUGAACUAGAAGAAGAAGAAAUUCAUGCUUCAUAUGGGCCACCAACUGCUACUAUGGGAACAACUAUAGGUUCCUCAGUGUCCAGUGUUGUCUACAAUGAUUUACAUCCUUCUAUCUUACCUGGACAGCUUGUCCACCAGUUUUUGCUUAAAACUGAGAGCCUGUCUCUCCCACUUUGUUAUGGUGUCUAUGGAGUUGUCAGCCUUAAACUUCUUCACCAUCCCAAUAAAGCGCUGUUUGUGAAUGGUGAGCUUGAUGAAGUAUUGCUUGGAGGAUUCAAAAGGAUUGCCAUACAUACAGCUGCUGCACACUUUGAGUUUGAUGCCAUGAAAACCAUUGUACAAGAUGGACAGUCCACAGUAGAGUACCUUCAACAGGAUAUAGUUGUUUCUCGUAAUAGUGUGACAGUGAUCAGGCGGGCCAAAGAAAUAGAUGUUGUAAGUGGAGACACACGUAUUGUCUUCCUGAUUCAUGAGAAGGAAGGCAACUUUUAUCUCUGGCCUGUUAUAAGACAACAGCCAAUGGACACCAACGUUACAGGGAUUUUAGCUCUAAAGCCAGCAGUUUAUGAAGAGGUACAGCAAACCCCCUCAACUAUACUCAAGAUCCAAAACACGGAGGUCAUUGCUACCAGAUCCACAACUGCUGACUACAGUAUCGCCUCUGCUCUGACACUGGACUGCUGGUCUGUGCCCUCUGAGUUUGCCUUACAGAGACCCAUAAAUGAGUUCAUCGUUACACAAAUUUAACUGGGAAAGGCAUUUAAUCUCUUACAAGGAUUUCAUUAAAAAAAACAUGUUAGACCAUGGAAAAAUAUUUUUCACCUUUUAGUGACAAAACUUGUCCCAGAUUCUUAGUCGUCUGGAAAGACUUUAAUGAAUAAAUAUUUACCCAAAAGACUUGC